UCCCUUUUUGUUUUUUUUUUUUUAAUAUUUUGUUUUAAUUUUUUUGUAUUUUUCAAAUUCUUAAUUUUUUUGGUUUUUAUUUAAAAUUAUUACGUACUUGAAUCUCAACUUGAUGUUGGUGGCAAAACUACAGCUUCUUCAGAAAAACUAAAUGUUUUUAAUAACAUUUCUUCGUUACCAAUAGGUAUAAAUGCAUGACACUUUUGGGUACCAUUGAUUCUUUUUGCUGAAGAAAAUGUGAUUUUCAAGGAAUUUUUAUAGGAAGCAAGUUUUAAAGCACUGGAUUUAGUCAAAGAGGGUAUAGAUGCUCCGUCAAUUAUUAAGUGCACAUUUUCAUGGUAGGUACAUACACAAACCGAAUGUGUUCCACAUGAACCCGUAAGCACACAAUGCUUCGGACGCAAUCGGGCGAAGGUGGAAAAUCCUAUCUUACAAUUCAGAUGUUGUAAUUUAAAAAUGUAAUAAAGUUCCUAAAGUUUUAAUUUCUUCAGAUAAUGAAUUUCCACUAAUUGUAUCGCUUUUUCCUUCCCUUGCUUGUUUGAGUUGGCGUGAACACCCAAAUAUCUUGGUUACUUUUCUUUCUUUCCAUGAAUCUCGUACAUGCUUAAUUAGUUCAUACUUUUCAAAUCUACUAAUCAGUGGAUCAUUGAAUUUAUUUUUUAGUUUUUCAAUAAAUUGCAAUAAAUCAGCGGAAGCAUUACCAUUAUUAGUAGAUUUAUCAUCCUUAGCAGAAGAGAAAUCUGAAUCAGAAUCGUUCUCAGGCUCAGAUUUAUUCUCAGAGUCAAAUUCGUUCUCAAUCUUAAAUUCUUCCGAAUUCUUUAAACCUGUAAAAGAUGUAGAAGAUUUAGGUUUAGAUUUGCGUUUACCAGUAACAUUAGGCCAACCUUCUUUCAAAAACUGUUUACGACAUUUGUCGCACAAAUACAAAUUGUAAGGUACGUUUUUUCCACAAAUGUUACUCCUGUUGAUUUUACGCACAUUCUUAUAUUUAUGGAAUUUAAAAUUAAAAGGUUUGUAGCAUUUAAUAAAAGGCAUAAUUAAAAAAAAAAACAAAUAAUAAGUAGUUAAAACAAAAAUUCUUACCGUAGAAAAAUCUCCCAAUGCGAUAAUUGCUAGAAAAUGUUAUUCUUUAUUAUGCAAGAUACUUAUAAUAUGCGAGAAUGAACUUGGUUAUGAGAAGGGAUACAACAAUGCCACCUAGUGGAAUUUUAGGGUACUUGAAUACUCCAAUUUACACUAGUUAGAUUUAUCAGUAUUGGAAAAUUUUACAGACUUCAUUUUCCAGUUAUGGACAUGAAAACUCUUUUAUUUCUUUUACAAAAUACUCAAUAAAAAUAAUUUUCUUCACAUUUAGUGAAGCAUGAAGGAAAUAUAUAAUAAUAGAAUGUAGUAGGGAUGCUAGGAGAGCAUUUGCUCGGAUUGAGAGUAAUGCGCUGAGUUGGUUUUUUAUUUGUAGCUCGUACAAAUAUUGCUGUCCCCAAAUUCCCUUUGGGGGGUAAAAAGGUGAUGAAAUAAGGAACAUUUUAAGAUAUUUUCGAAAAAAAUCGAAGGGGGCAUAAAAGGUUAAAAUUUCAAAAAAAAUUUUUUUUUUUCAUUUUUUGCUAUGAAAUAUUAAUUUUAAAAAUUUUUACGAUAUAUAGUCUUAAAGUUUGAGAAAUUCUGUACAAAAAAGUCAAACGGUGUAUUAAAAUCUGUCCAUUAGUUUUAAAGUUAUGGCGGUUCGAAAUUUUUGUUACAAAAAACUUUGGCCCCUUACAGUAUGGCAACCCCGCGUUACACAGAUCUAACACCAUAUGUUUUAUUUUAGGUUUUGCAUAUACUAUAAGAUAUAUCAUUGCCAAAAAAAAUAAAGAAUUUUUUUUCAAGUGGCUUUUUUUUUUCAGAGAAUGCCUCAUAUAUAAGUAUGCUUGAUUGUUCAAAGUAUAUUUAGUUCAUUAAGAAAUUACCUCGAAAAUGGAAUAAUUUGUGCACAUAGUCGAAGACCCUACAAAUUUAUGAUCACCACACAUUUUUUUUAAAGUGCCUAUCGCGUCAUUACAUUCGAAAAUGAAAAAAUUAACUACAUUAUUUGUUGUUGUGUGCGCCAACGUCAUUUAAUAACUUGGCUACUCGAAGCGGGCACUUGGAGCGGCUGCCAUUAACGAAGUACCUAUUUUGUUAUAAUGUACAUAGUUGCUAUUUAUAAAUAUUUUACAUACACAGUAAUUUGUUGUUAUUAUGUCCGCAUCAUCUUCCACCUUUAUUGUUGCUUGAAUUGAUCUGAGCAGCUAUAAAUAAAUAAUCUGCGCCAACGAGCCAACAGCCUCAUUGAGCUUAGCAUCGGCGAAGUGUUAAGUUCAAGACAAUAGUUUCAUUUAACAAAAUUUACAAUUUGUUGAAAGGGAGCUUCUAACAGAAAGGAUAAAAUGAAACUCUUUGUGGUGGCAUUCGCUGUGUGCCUGGCUUCCCUGGCCUUUGCUCAAUCUGUACCUGCUGAUGGCGUCGAGCCAUCCGCCGAGUAUUUGCCACCAGUCGGUGAUGAAUCGGCACCACUUGCCGAUGAUGGUUACCAUUAUAAGGCUGUGCGUCGUCAGAAGUACCGUCAUCGUCGCGAAGCUCCCUCAGAAGAAUACUUGCCGCCAGUAGCUGAACCCAGCGUAGAAUAUUUACCACCAGAGGGUGCUGAAACCCGUGUCGCUGAGGAUGGUUAUCGUUACAAGACUGUACGUCGCUUGAGAUUCCGUGCUCGCCACCGUCGUGAUGUCUCUGAAUUGACUUCACUGCCAUCUGGGGAAUACUUGCCUCCAGUUGAAGUUGAGUUGUCUCCUGAGUUGAAGACCGUUUUGGGUGAUGAUGGUUAUCGUUAUAAGGCAGUGCGUCGCUUGAAAUACCGUCGUAAUCGUCGUGAAGCGGAGGCUGCUGAAGAAGUUGCUGCCGCUGAAAGCGCUGAUGCUCCCAAUGGUGAAUACUUGCCCCCUUGUAAUGAUGUCGCUGAAGUACCAGAAGUGAAAAGCGCCGAGUUGGCUCAAGAUGGUUACCGUUAUAAAACUGUGCGUCGUCUGAAGUACCGACGCAAUCGUCGUGAAGCUGAGGCUGCCGAAGAGGUUGUCGCUGCCGAGAGUGCUGAUGCGCCCAAUGGUGAAUAUUUGCCACCAAGCAAUGAUGUUGCCGAAGUGCCGGAAGCGAAAAGUGCCGGACUGGCGCAAGAUGGCUACCGUUAUAAGACUGUGCGUCGCAUCAGAUACCGUCAUCGGCAAUAAACUUACGUGUUAUUAUUGACACAUUAAUAGACUCGACUAGAUAAAUGGAUUAUGAAUUUGGACGACUGGAGGUAUGGAAAACUCUUAUAUUUUAUACGAUAAAUUAAGUGUGAGUACGUUUUAUACGAUUUUGGUUUAAGUUUAAGUUUUUUACUGCAA